AUGCGCGAGCCGCCAUCCGAAGCGUUUACUCUUCCAGGACACGACAACGCCCUCUGCGAACACGGAGUCAUCCACCCGCCGACACCGAUCGUGGAGCCUUCCGACAAGUACACGGUGGUCAAGCUUCGCCAGCCUACUGCGCGCCGCUGCCCAACGACAGCCGGUCAAUUUUUUCCACGACAUCCUGCGCUACACCCCUCGUCAUCCGAGGUUCCGACCGUAGUGAUCGCAGCACUCACUCACCCGGCAGAAGGAGUUCUUAGAAGCGAUUCACCUUGCCCGACCAGGACUUCUGAAGAUCCCCCCGAUGAAUUUACCCCAUAUCUCCGUUCGAGACCUCGACUUCGUCCUGCCACUCCAUCGGCACGGAGAAGCACGCGCUCACCUAUGAUGAGUAUACGUCCACGACACGGAGCUGAUGAAGCUUUAUCG